GCUCCCGCGUCGCUUAAACCACGUCCGGCGCCGUCCGUUGGCCGGAGGUUAAACGCUAUUGCGUAUGAAUCGAACGUCGGCGUCGACCGGGUCUCAGCUGUUUCCCGCGCUAGCAGAAAACCGCUGUGAGGCUUACGUAGCGUUUGGUUAUCCCGCGCUCCGGUGUUAUUUUUGUGGUUUGAGAAUAUUUUUUCGGUUUUUGACGGACGAUCGGCGAACUUUACCGUAACAGACGCCAUGUCCGUUUACGUGAGUGACGAUAGAGUGCUGUUCGAGGAGAGUGGUGACGAGAAAAAGGAGAUUUUGGGAAACAUCGCGAGUCGGAUAAAUAAGGGCGGCGAGCCGCCAACGGCAGCGAUGGAACAGGAGAAACGAAUGCGUAGAGAAAUCGCCAACAGUAACGAGCGUAGACGCAUGCAGAGCAUCAACAACGGCUUUCAAUCUCUGCGUUCCCUGCUGCCUCACCACGAAGGCGAGAAGUUAAGCAAGGCCGCCAUUCUACAACAGACCGCCGAGUACAUUUAUUCGCUGGAGCAAGAGAAAACGCGUCUGCUCUCGCAAAACUGUCAAUUGAAACGAUUGCUCGGUCAGCAUGAGGGCGGCGAGCUGCCGCCCAAGAAGCGUAUGAAAACCGAGCUGAUCUUGCCGGCCAUAUCGGCCGAGUCUGCCGACGAAGGCUUGGGUUCGAUGUCACCGGAGCCCGUCAAACUGAUAGCGGUGACGGUGAACAGCGGCAGCGCUACCGAAUCUCCCAACGAGCUGAAGAUCGCCCUCGAUCGAGAGAGAAACCUGCGACUGCUCUUGGAAGACCAAGUCAGGCAACUCGAGCAACAGCUAUUUCACCAACAACAGACCAUACAGUCGACCCAAAUACAGUUCCUUACCGAGGAGACGGACGAUAUCGCCGGUCUCCAGCUGGUCGCCCCCGACAGUUUACCGCCCGUAGGUCACACCCAGACGGUGGUGUGCUCGCCUCCCGUGUCCCGAUGUUCCAGUCCGGAAACGACGAUACCGGUAGCGACGAGUAUCGUCGAGCAACGCUUGCCCAGCGUUUUGGAGGCGGCGAUCAAAGCCGAACCGAAAGUUGAAGUCGAAAGGCUACCUUCUCCGAACAAUUCCAGCAACGUGGUCGCCCAAGAUGAAAGCAACGUGACCACCGCAGCAGCGGGCAGGAUUUACGCCGUCAGCAACACGUCGCGACAGAACUUGGAGACCAUCGUCGAAGCGAUCAGGCACUUGGAAGGCGACCACAUGUUCGGCGACGAGCCGGCCGGCAUUGCUAGCAAUCAGGAGGCUCCGCUGGCGUUAACCACACGACCUGACGGCUCGCUGAAAGACAUGACUUAUCUGGAGUACAGCGCAGCGACGCUGCAGCAGCACCAACAGUCCCGACCUGGGGUGAUCGUGGUCAAGCAGACUUCGUGAUCGAAGAUCAUCCACUUUGCUAAAAUGCCUCCGGUCUCUGGAGCGGGUGGAGGUCGUUUGGCAGAGGGGGCGGGUAACAAUUGAGAGAUUAAAGAAAACAAAAACGCCAAAAAGCGACGUAACAACUCACCCCGUAGGCCGAAUUUUGUUAAUUUCGUCUCAAUUAUGAUUUCAAAAAAAAAAAAAACAUCUCGCCUCUCUGCGUGUAAACUAUGCUACGUUGUAAAUAACGGAUGCGCGCGCGGCUGGCGUUUAACACUUUCGUUCUCCAUUUUUUCGAUCGUGUCUAUUGCGCCGCGACCCCUCCCACGCCCGCGCCCCCAUUUUAUCUCGAAAAAUUGUAACCUCAAUCUCGAAAGUUUUGUUUCGUUUAAGCAAUUAGGCUGUGCCAUUUUUUUUUAAGUUUCGGUUUAGGGUCGAACGGUGCGUCAAAAACGAGGCGUAGGGCGGGGGUAGUGGAGCGGUGGGGAAGGGGGGCGACACGAGCCAAAGACUGGACAAAAAUAUAUAUAUAUAUGUAUGUAUUUUUUCUUCGAACAUGACGAUUUUUUAUUUUGUUUUUUUUGUAUGUUACUUAAAACGUUGAAAGGUUUCAGUUGGAACGCCAAAAAUAUAUAUUUAUCAUUAUAAAUACGGUCACUAUAGAUGAAUUAGUGAAAUGUUUUGUUCCUUCUUUGUAUAUUAAAGGUAUAUUUAAUUUUCCUUUAGGUCGUAGGCGGGGGGCGUGAUUGUCGUUUUUAAGCGCCGCCCCCUCCAAAAUUUAGUAUUAGAAAAACGCCUUUCUCUUUUUAUUUUCCAUUAAAUUUCCCGCCACUGUGUAUAGGAGCGGGUUUUCCCCUCGCGUGCCAACUUUUCGCAUUAACAAAGACAAAAGUGCUUGUGCUAGUUUUCAAAACCGACAUUUUCCUCACGAAUUUCCUGAGAAAUGUAUAAGUUUUUGCGUCGGUUCAGUAAUGCCAACUGCUGAAAGUGUUCAUACUAUGAAAACAUAGAAAUGGCACGGCACAAAAAUCAAUUCGCAAUCUUAAAAUUUCGAUGUCGAUCUCGAAAUUUUGAAAAUUUUGUUUUUACUCGAAAUUUUGCAUUGAAAUUUUAAAAUUUCACGUUUUAACUCGAAGAUUCACCUUAAAAGUUCAACUAAAAUUUGAUAAUUUUAAGCUAUCGAGUUGAAGUGCGAAAUUUAAUAUUUUGAAAUCUAUGUCGGUAUUUUAAGGUCAAAAUUUCGAGGUAAAACCCAAAAUUUUCAAAAUUUCGAACUCUAUGUGGAUAUUUUAAGGUAAAAUUUCGAGCAAAAAGAAGAAAUUUUAACAUUUUAAAGCAAAAUUUGUAAUUAAACACAAAAUUUUCAAAAUUUCGAGAUCUAAGUCAAAUUUUAAAGUAAAAUUUCGAGUUAAGAGAUUAAAUGUUAAAAUUUCGAUAUUAGUGGAAAUUUUAAGGCAAGUUUAGCGUUUUAACGCAAAAUUUUGUCUCCCAAAAAUUUCGAUUUAGAAGUCUAAAUAUUAAACUUUUGUGUUCUAGCUCAUGUUUUAAUUCGAAAUGUCAGCUUAGAUCUCGAAAUUUUAGAAUUUCGCGUUUCAACUCAAAAUUUUACCUUCAAAUUUCGAUUUAGAUUUCAAAAUUUUAAAAUUUCGCACUUCAACUAGAAAUUUUAUAUUAACAUUUUAAAGUAAAAUUACGUGUUGAACGGCGAAAUUUUCAAAUUUUGAAAUAUAAGUCCAAAAUUUCGAGAUGGAAGUCGAAAAAUUUUAACGCAAAAUUUCAAGUUAAAACUCCAAAUUUUACGUUAAAAUUUCGACUUUGAUCUCGAAAUUUUUUUAACUCAGAAUUUUAAAAUUUCGUAAUGUCUUACUGGAAAUUUUAAAAUUUUGUAUUUUAUCUCGAAAGAAAAAAUGAAAUUUCAUGAAUGCGUGUGCGUGUCUGAUUAAUUAAAAAAAACAUGGUGUUCCCGUCAACAAUCACAAUAUUCCAACAAAAAGUGCAUUUCGCACAACAUUUUCUCAGGCCAAUACAAUUCAUAUAUUUUUUCCAAAAUGACCAAUAUCAGAAAAAAUAUUAAACGCGAAAUCCACAACAACAAUCUACACCUUGUAUUUAACAUUGACCUUAAAAUUUCGAGUUCAACUCUCUUGACGCCCUCCAAAACGAUUUAAACUGUUAAGGUUUCUUCGAUUCAGCUAGCAAAAAAGCAUUUAUUUUUCCAUCUUAUUUAUUUUUCUGAACUCUAGACUGGGAGAAGCAAACCAUUCUAAUGACAUUCCGAAAUGUCAAAUAAAUUGACGUUUCCUAUGUAAAGCCAUGAUGAAACUGAAUAAUACUUGUUUCUGGAUAGUUCUAUCGAGAGGGGAAAAGCGCCAUAGAUAUAUUUCUCUUUGUUGUUUUUUUUAUAUUUUGUGUUUGAUUGUGUACGUUUAUAUACAGAAAAAUGUACAUAACUCUUGAGAUAAAAAUUUGGUAUACGUGAUUAUGAAGUUUUGAGAAUAUAGGACUUGUUUUCGUUACAUGUGUAGAGUUUGCAGUUGACAACUUUUUUUUUUUUAAUAGAUAUUAGCGUUACCAGAGGUCACAGAACGGAAAUACGAGUUUUAUUCAUUACUGUGGAUAAUAGCAAAUGUAUUAUUGUAUGGACUCUAAUAAUUCGUUUUUCUUGAUAGGGUUUAUAAGGAUUAUAAUGCUGUCAAACGGGAUCGUCGGGUGUGCACCUCGAAAUUGUCGGUGUUACCGAAACCUUAUUUUUCCCGCAGCGGUAUAUACAGGGCGACCGAAUAAGAAUAGUCGCCGAUCGUUAUCUCAAUACCGAAAUCAUUUGAUAUAUAUAUUUUUUUAAUUUUGUAAUAUAAAUUGAAAUUUUAAUUUAACAUUUAAUUUUGCUUUGAAAUUUCGUACGUGAACUCGAAAUUUUGCAUUGAAAUUUCGUGUUUUAUCUCAGUUUUGGUUAGUUAGUUGGAUUUUAACAUUUCGUGGUUUUUAUCGUUUUUUUUUCUUUGAAAUUUCGUGUCUAAAUUCGAAUUUUUGCAAUGUAAUUUCGUGUUUUAUCAUAUUUUUUAAAAAUUCACAUAGCAAAUAUUUUAAUCUAAAAUUUCGCGUUUUAACUCGAAAUUUCGAUAUCUAGAUUUGUAACUCGAAUUUCAAAAUUUCGAUUUGUAACUUGUAAUUUCAAAACUUUCUUUUGUAACUUGAAAUUGUAAUAUUUCGAAUUGUAACUCGAAAUUUCGACAUUUCGACUUGUAACUCGAAAUUUUAAAAUUCCACGCUUUAAUUCGAAAUUUCAAAAUUUCAUGUUUUGACUCGAAAUUUAAAAAUUUUCAUUUGUAACUUGAAAUUUCAACAUUUCGGUUUGUAACCCCAAAAUUUCACAAAUUUUCGGUUUUCGAGAUACUACCAUCGGCGGCGAUACUGUCGACGUCGCGCCACUUUGUGUCAAAAAAAUUCAGGUGAAUCGAAAUUUUUUUAUACGGUUUGACAGCAUCCUCAGGAAAGUCUGAACUUUUUGAAAAAAAUCUGCGAUAAAAAUGUAAUAAGGUUUAAUAGGUAAGGUUUAGGCAAGGGUCGAUGGCCUGGGAUCGGUCAAAAAUGCGGCCACCACGUAGGUUAAAUUAUUAUGGGUGUCGAUAUCGAAUCAGAAAGCUUUUUUGUACUUCUUUUUUUCAUAACUUCGCAUGGAAACCAAAAUGGGCGAGUCGAGGGAUGCUUUUUGUUGGAGAAAAUAGCACUGUUUAGAAACUUUUAGGAAAUGGUUAGGGAAAUGUCUUUGGUAUGAGCGGUUCCUCGAGACGCAUUUUGGUUUAUUACGUUUUUGUUGAUUUUGCCUUCAGUUGCUAUUUUAAAACUCAGUUACAUGCAAACCUUUAAGAGCGUUGUUUCUUGUUCUGCACACUGGUGAACAGGAAUCGAUUCCGCCAUCUUGAGCAAGGUUAAAACUUCAAACAAACAGAACAAAUGCUGGUUUUCAUCCCUUCAGUAAUAAGUAAUGAGAAAUGGGGAUUUCUUUGGUAGCACUUUACCCUAACUGAACAUGAUUAAAAGUAUUAUCUUUUAUCUCUAACUGAUCAGCAAAAAAAUACUAGCUCCUCAGCCUCACCAUAAAGAAAAAAAAAACGUAUUAUAAUUCUUGUAAGUUGGCAAAUAGAACUUUUAAUUUUAAUCUGCUCCUGCAGUGUUUCUUCCACAUCUUUGGCCCAUCACUAAGUAUAAUCUGUGGUAUACUUCUAAAUAUCGGGAAGUCCUGCGUUUUCUGGCACUCGCAAAAGCUAUUUUCGACACUUUCUUAUUUCUGAUAUUGUCGGCACAGGAUACUGGAUCCUCAGUCUUCUUAUAAAAGAAAACAUACUUAUUACAGGUCUACUAGGUUAAUAGAUAGAAGUUUUAAUUUUGAUCUGUGCUUCUCUUGUGUUUCUUCUACAUAUUUGGUCUAUUCUUUGGUAUAAUCUGUCGUAUAUUGUCAUCAACAUAACAUAACAUGGUGCUUCCUCCAUGAUGGUUUAUGGUUAUUGCUUAGGGUGGAAUGCCGUAUUUGUUGUAUAUAUUCCAAGCGUUAGCUGAAGAUGAGUGGCCGAAAAGCACUGACGUAUUAAAAGUCAUUUCGGGAUUUCUCUUUUCUUCCUUCAGGUUAGUUCCACAUUUUAUCGCCUUUGGACCAUUUGCUUUCAGCUGAAUACUUUGUGAAUUCUCCAAUUACUUUUAACUCCCGUUUUAACCACGGACUGCUACAAAAUAAAACUAUUCUGGAGGCGCCAUAGACAUCAUAGAACCGUAAAAUAGUUCCUAUCUUAAGACAGCUUAGAAUAUAAAUUCUCACAUUUUCAACACUUAUUGACUAUUUGUCUAACCUCUUUUGUAGUAGGUGUAGUAACAAGAAAACUACUGUCAUUGCUUUUUAAGAGCAUCUAAGAUAUGGUUUUGGGUGCUGUCAAAUUUACUUUUUCUAUGGUCAGUGUCAGAUAUAUAUUCACAGUAUCAAAUGUCUUUUUCAAGGCCAAAAACACAGUAUGAGAUAUAACGAUUAUUUUGUAUUAUUCUUAUUAUAGUGGUAUGUCAUUUGGUUGAAAUGCUUCAAUCUUUUCAACGAUCUUUGACAAAUUGCUGAACCAUAAAGUAGUUCUUAUCUUAAGGCGGCCUGGAAUAUAAAUGUUGACAGGCUUAUAUUCUCAUAUUCUAUACACUUAUAUAUUGACUACUUGUCUAACUUUUUUGUAGUAGGUGUGGUAACAAAAUUACUUUUAUUGCUUUUUUGAAGCAUCCGAGAUAUGGUUUUGUGUGCUGUCAAAUUUACUUUCUAUAUGGUCAGUGUCGGAUAGACAGAUGUUCACAGUAUCAAAUGCCUGUUUCAAGUCUAAAAACAGCAAGAGAUAUAACGAUUAUUUUUAAUUAUUCUUAUUAUAGCGGUAUGUAAUUUGGUUGAAAUUUUUAAAAUCUUUUCAACGAUAUUUGACAAAAUGUUUUGAAAAUAAAGAAGUAAAAAAAAGUAGUAAAACGAAAAUCACCAUGGAACGGAAGCUUUGGUCGGUCCGCGUUUUUGACGUUUCGUUGGGGAACUUAAAAAAAACGGUUAGAGUAAAUUAUCGGUUUGUAAAUGCGGCUAUUUUGUAAGAAAAAUCCGCGGGUGUUUUUUUUUCGUAAUCGCCAGUUUUCGCGCCCACGAGCGACUUUCUAUUUAACUUGGCUUUUGAUUAACCAAACGUUCCGAUCGAAGUAUAAUACGUACUGCCAAAUAUGCCUUAAUUUUAUAGCCCGAAAUCAAAUAAUAAACGAAUCCCGUAAAUUUAAAAUGGUACGUUGUUUUUAUCGAAACGAAUAGUCCGCUUUCUCCUUGAAA